UUCGCCAAGGACCGUUGGCAUGUUGAGUGGAUGGUCUUUCUCUAGCUGAAGAGUCGGCAAAGUGGGGCAAAGAGGCCGAGUAUGUGGCCAAGAAUGGGGGAGGACUGAGGUGUGAGGCUACGGGUAGGCGGUUGGCAGCUGCUGCUUCUAGUCCCAGCCGCAGUGGCACCCCGGAAGGCAGUUACCUGACCUCCCGUGGCAGCCAUGGCUGUAGACUUCGGAGACCACGCCAGCGGCUUCCGCCAUAAUGAAGUCAUCCGCUUUGUCAACAACGAAGUCCUCAUGAAUGGCGGUGGCCCAGACUUCUACAUGGCCUUCCGUUCGCGACCAUGGACGGAGGUAGAAGACCGGCUUCAGGAGGUCCUGGUGGACCCACAGGUACCACGAACCCUCAAGAGGGCCUGUGCCUGGAGCGCCCUGGCCCUGGGUGUGCGAGCUGCCGAGAGGCAGAGGGAACAGCAAGUGCUCACUCUCCAGCAACUGCAGCAGCACUUAGAGGACCGCGAAGUGGCAUCCUGGACUCUGGCCUCUGAACUGAAGCAUCUGCGGGAAGAGCGUGACUCUUUGGCUGCACAGCUACGUUCCACACAGGCCAUCUUGCAGCAGACGCUGAGUGAGCGCGACCUGAUGCGCUGGAGGCUGCUGCGGGCUGAGAAGGCUACACAGACUUACCUGCUGUCCCAGCAGGUUGUAGGAGGUUUGGGAGCUGAACAGCUUGGAGGUGUGCCAUGGUGCUUGGGUGAAGACCCAAAAGAAGCUGUGGCUGCGAGGGCAGAAGGAGUACCAAAUCUGGAGGCUCAAAUACCGGUGCCUGGAACUUUGCUCUACCUGCCAGCAACAAGCCCAUGGUUUCAGGCAAUACAGCCUUCUCUGCCAAUCUCACUGUCACAUCCACAUUCAAGUCAUGCACCGUUGUCAGUGGGCUUGACAUGCUCAACACCUGUACCAGCUCCAAGAGUAAAACCGGCAGGUGCAAUGGGAGCAUUGGCAUCACAGGCAGAAAGUGCUUCCCAAUUCCAUCCAGAAAAGAGCUUUCCAUCUGGCAUGUGGGCUACACAGGGAACCCCAGAUGUAAUGGCACAGCUGUGUGAUCCAAAUGGCCAGGGCCAGUAUAAAUAUCCUGAAAAUUUCCUGGAGGACAGUAUGCAUCAUUGUCAUAGUCAAGAGGAAGAUCCUGUGUGUCCUCUUGGGACAGCCUCCUUGAGAGAUAACAGCAUCCUGGAAAAAGAAGUUUUAAUGAUGCCCCAUGACUUAAUGCCUCAGGGGGAGAGUAACAACCAUGACUCAAACAAAGAUCCAGGAAUGUCCCAGGGGGUGGGCUCCCCAGGUCAGGGCAGCAGCCUUGACAAGAAAGAACCAUUGACGCCCCACAGGAUGGCCACCGUCAUAGAGACCAACAGUGAUGAAAAGAAAGAUUUAGUAGUAAUGCUUCAGGGGCCAGCUCCCAAGGGCCUGGACAGCACCCUCAACCAGAAGGAAGAUCUAGGGACACCCCAGGAAACAGUUCCCCUGAGCCAGACCAGCAGUGCUGCUCAGGUGAAUGAUUCAACAAAGCCACAUGUGGUGAUCCCCCUAGAGCCAAGUGGCCAGAUCUCCCAGAAAAAAGAUUCAGUGAUGCCCCAGGGCAUGGCCACCAUGGCACAGAACAGCAGUCACAUCCAGAAGAAGGAUCCAGUGGUGCCCAUUGGAAGAGACUCCAUGGAAGAUAACAUGAACCAUAACCAAAGGAAAGAUCCCAUCAGGCCCCAAGAGACAGCCUCACUGAGGCAGAGCAGCAGUCAUAAGCAGAAGAAAGAUCUACUGAAUCCCCAGGGGAAAGCCCCUCUGGGACAGAGCGAUAGCUCUUGGCAAAAGAAAGAUCCACAGAUGCCUAAUGCGAUUGCCCCCGGGGCACCGAGCAGAAACCUCGGCCAGAAGAAAGAUCCAGUGAUGUCCCAGAGGACGACCACUCUUGGACAGAAUAAUAGCCACAACUUGAAAAAUUCAGAGUUUUCUGAUGGGAUAGCCCCCCUGCAAGUCAGCAGUAAACCAGCUCCGAAGAAAGAUAUAGUAAAGCCCCAGGGGAAGGUCGCUUUCGGGCACAGCAGAAGUCAUACCAAGGAGGACCCUGUAGAGAAGAAGCCCCUGGCAACUCCUCUGGGUGACAAAAACUGUGGUGGGAAGAAAAUUGUAAAGAAACAGCAGGCUCAGCCUCAGAAGGCUAAGCAACCAAAAGGGAAAAAAGUACUUGAGUUCUACCAUCAUAAGGCUGCCGCCUACAGCAGUUUAAAGGAUUGGGACUGUCCUUACUGUAAAAGUAGUAAUUUUUCCUGGCGUAUAUCCUGCUAUAAGUGCAGGAAAUCCUGUAUAAUGGUAAAGAAUGGAUGUGUUGCUCCAAAACAAACACACUAAUUUCAGGAAGAUGAGUUCCUUUUUUGAGUCUCAACCCUACCACACCUGCUUGUUGCUGAAGAAGCCCAACCUGUCCUGUAAGAAGUUCUCCCAAAAUCCAAAAGAAACACGACCUUGAUUCGGAUUGACUCACAAUUCCGUGACAUCUCAAGAACUGAGAAGACCACAGGAAACUAAAAGAAAGACAUAUGUUGUCACUUGAUAGGGAGAAAAAUAUAUGUUUGUUUAGAAUUUUAUUUAUUCAUUGGGACAAGAAAUGAACAUGUAAGCAUUGGUAGGGUUGCAGUGUUAAAUUACAUAGGUAAUACAAAAUCUGACUAAUUUCAUUUAAUUCAUUAAACAAAUAUUUAUAGUAUAGUUUGUGUUAGAAGCUCCACGUAUACGUCAUUUUCUGGUGCAGAAAUAACAGUCAUCUUAGUGAAUCUUGUUAGAUGACAGGCAGGAGCAUGAAUUGAAAUGUAAAUUUGAUCAGGGACAUCUUAUUUGCUUUGCUUAUAAUAUUGACUUGGGAAAAAACAAUUGAAGUAGCCACCAGAUCCUUUUAUUUCAAAAAAGCAUUAAAAUAAUAUUCUGCUCUAUUUUUGGUAAAAUCAAUUGAAAUAACAUCUAUAUUAAUUUGGGAGAGAAAAAAACCAAACAAUUGAAAUAGCAUCCAAGUCCAUUUUUGCACUUCUGGGGGCAAUAUGGAAGAACUUGAAUGACAAGUUUUCCCUGUUUGGUCCAAGUGAGACAGAUGAGCAGCAGCCAAAGAGCAGAAAAGCAGGCUCACAAAUGUGGAGGUGGGAUUUUGGCUGAUUCUCUGGCGACUUCCUUUGUUCAUUCAGAAAGCUGUUUUUCUCGUCUCUGGUCGGCUUCCUGAGAAAGAACACUGAUUGCCUUAAAAAAGUGUGCUCAGGGUCGGUGGCUGUAGUUCCAAGCUCAGCCCCCACCCUUAGUCCUUUUCUAGUUUACAGUAAUCAAAGACAUGCAUCAGAGUUACCGGUCAAUGGAUCGUGCUUCUCUUAGGAGAAUUCAGUGUCCUGAAGUUUGCCCAAGAGAUCUCACCUACCUCAAUGAGA